AUGGAUAGAAUUUCACAGUUACCACCAGAAAUUCUUCACCAAAUACUCUCUCUUCUCCAAACUAAAACUGCUGCUCAAACCGCCGUGCUGUCCAAACUAUGGCUUAAAGCAUGCUAUACCAAUCCCCAUCUUAAUUUUGAUCAAUUUGAUUUCUACACUUCUUCUGAUGAAUCUGAUUUCGACACUUCUGAUGAUGAAUCUGAUGACGAAGCUGAAAUUGAACCACGGCAUAGCGAUAGUUUCUACGAAUCUCAUGUUGAAUUCUCAAGGAUGGUAGACAGUAUUUUGGAAAGAUAUCGCCGUGAAAAUCUACCGAUUUCAGAUUUUAACCUUCGUAUCUCUUUUUCCGAUCAAACUGAUUGUGAAGGUCUAGUCGAUAAAUGGUUAGAUAUUAUAACAGAGACAAGGGCUUCACAGGUAACACUUUUGGUGGAAAGCAAAACCGAAGAUUAUUCCGAAAGAUAUACUCUGUUAGCUGAUUCUAUCUUCGCAAUAGAAUCGUUGCAGCAGUUGGAGCUAAAUCACUGCAAAAUACUGAAAAGGAGAACACUACUUUCCGAAGAUGAAAUUAGGUGCAUUCACCUAAAAAAUCUCACAUUGCAAUUUGUUACUGUUUCUGAAUCAACACUCAACACUCUAAUUUCAUGUUGCCCUCGGAUUGAGACGAUAUCACUUCAAUACUGUAUCGGGUUCAAUUGCAUUCGUGUUACAAAAAGUCUUCAUAACCUUUUGUCUCUUAGUAUCUUGUCCUGUCAAAUUGAGGAAGUUCAUAUUUUCGAUGCACCAAAAUGUGUCCUGGUUUCCGAGUUCUAG